CGCUGAUGCGGGACCCGGCGUUCCGGCGCGACAGAAGGGAUUUCUUUUUUGCGCGGGAUGGGGCGCCGCGGCGGCGGCAGGGUGAUGGCGAUGGUGGUGAUGGUGGGGGAGGAGGAGAUGACGCGCAAGAUGACGGCGCCGAAGGAGGAGAAGUCGGCGCCGAAGCCGAAGCAGAAGCCGAAGCCGCCGCGCAGCGCGCCGAGGCCCUCCACGCAGUCAAGGCCGCCUUCGACCUGCUGGAGCACACCCUGCUCGCCGACGGGCGGGCCUGGGUGCUCGGCGGCGCGGCAGACGCGGGCCCCACGCUGGCCGACAUCGAAGCGGUCUGGCCGUUCCACUGGAUGACCGGCAUACCCGGCAUGCUGUCAGACGUGGACGAUAACGGCGACAGCACCGCCACCACCACCAGCACAGCGCAGCAGAUCAGCAGCGCCGCGUUCCCGCGGGUCUACGCGUGGGUGGCGCGGUUCCAGGCGGCGGUGGGCGCGGCGAAGGAGCGGGUGCGGGCCGGGCGGGUGAGCGGCGAGGAGGCGGCGCGGAUACUCCUGCGGAGCGGGUUCCUGGAGCGCGAGGAGGAGGUGGGAGUGGACGAGACGGAGCCGCUGGCGAGGGCGUGCGGGCUCCGCAGGGGAAGCUGGGUGGAGGUGUGGCCGACCGACUACGGGGCUGCGCAUCGGGACCGCGGCCGGCUGGUGGGCCUCGGGCCGGACGAGGUCGUGUGGGAGACGGAUGCCGGCGUGCGCGUGCAUGCGCCCCGGCUCGGCUUCCGCGUGAGGCCGGCGGCCGUUGCCGGCGUGGUUGCGGCUCCGGCUGCGGGGGAGGGGAAGGAGGAGGGGGCCUAGUUUUUGGAGUCGUACACAGAAGAGUAUGAUAAUCCUGUUGACUCGUUAGUCAUGCGUUCUGUCCCACCUACCAGGUUAGUGUUGUUUGUUUGCUCCAGUAUCGUCGCAAAUGGACUGUGAUUUCCAGUCCGUUUCCGCUCCGAGAUGCCGUGUCCCUUUCCUGACUGGCAAAAGUUCCGACACAAUAUGUACGAAAUGUCUUGGGUGGUAUGCACUGCGAUUAACGUGAAUGGUUUCAACCGACGACAUUAUCUGCAUUAUGUACUUGCACGAGACCCGCGCUGACGUCGGCGGCUCUGCUCU